CGCCUCCUCCUUCGCCUCUUCCUGCCUCCUCCCGGCUUCCGCCGCCGUCGCCGCCGCUCCAGCCGAAUCCCAGUCCCGGGGCGAAGCGUCUCUUUAUUUAUUUACGUUUUCUCGCCACUGCAGCCGCCAGACACGGUGAUCCGGGCGGGCCCCGCAGGAAUUUUAUCCCCUCACCGGCCUCACACUAGUAUCGCAUGUCCACUAUCCAGAACCUCCAAUCUUUCGACCCCUUUGCUGAUGCAACUAAGGGUGACGACUUACUCCCGGCAGGGACUGAGGAUUACAUUCAUAUAAGAAUCCAGCAACGGAACGGCAGAAAGACACUGACUACUGUCCAGGGCAUUGCAGAUGAUUAUGACAAAAAGAAACUUGUGAAAGCUUUCAAAAAGAAAUUCGCCUGUAAUGGUACUGUGAUUGAACAUCCUGAAUACGGAGAGGUUAUUCAGCUUCAAGGUGACCAAAGAAAAAAUAUUUGCCAGUUUCUCUUGGAGGUUGGCAUUGUCAAGGAGGAACAGCUUAAGGUUCAUGGAUUCUAAAAUGAACCUAAAUACGUGGAGAAUUUCUUGAAUAAUUUUGUUCUCUAAACCCAGUUUGGCUGCCUUAUGAAAUGAUUCUCUGCAGUAAACGGACUUUUCAUGUAUUUAAUCAUUCAAACUCCCAUUCACACCUGCAUGAUUACAGAAAACAUGGGGUAUGUAGGUUAGUAACACAUAAGAAAAUUGCAGUAAGAUGGUAAUGAAACCCCGUAUUCAUCUUAACAUGUUUCCAAUGGAAAAUAUUUUGUUUUGAGUGUUUAUUUGUUUAUUGUUCAGUUUAUUUUUUUUCACUUGAUUAAAUGUUUUUUGUUGUAUUAAACCAUGUAUGUUGCAGCUUAACAAUAAAGAAACAUCUAUGAA